AUGGAGGAUGUAACCAUGGUAGAGGACUCACCGGGUCUCUUCGAAGAGCUCAGCUUUACGAUUAUCCCCAAUGGUCUAUCCGAAGAGCGCCUGAAGAAGAUUGAGACCGACAUAGCAGCUUCGAAUGGCACCAUCAUACCCUUCGACGCUCCCAAAGGCCGUAUCGACCGGCUCAAAGAAGUUGCCUACAUCGUUUCAGAGACGUCAGACUUCCCCGACUACUACCGCGCCCUCGACUUGUUGAUACACGUGGUGAAGCCAGCAUGGGUUGAAGCGUCCUUGCAGGCCAUGAAGGUCAAGAACCCUCGGACAUAUAGCCCAGAUCCCGCCCUUUUCAUGAACGAGGUAGUCAUAUGCUGCGGAAACAUACCAACGGGGGACAAAGAGGCAAUUGAAGGCGGAGUACUGGCUAUGGGCGGCCAGAUUGCUCCCGCGCUUUCGAAGCAGGUUACACAUCUCAUCGCACUGGAUCUGGACGACCCACGGUGUCAGCUUGCUGUUAGCAAGAGGCUACAGGCUAUGAUGGUUCUGCCACACUGGUUCGAUGACUGCCUCAAAGUCGGGCGCCGCAUCUCCGAGCGACCUUACACACUGCCCGACCCUGAAAUUCUUAUCGUCGAAGCUGGCGCUAUUCCUUCUACCCGAACAAGCCCACAGAUCCGAGAUGCGACAACGCCAGAUCCAAUACAUGACUCUAUACCGUUAAUGCAUACUAUUCAUUCGGAAGCGCCGCGUGCGAUCAAAGCGUUUGCGGACAAGCGCCUCAUGUUCGGUGACGAUCUGAACCUUAGCAGCAAGCUCCUGAACAUUUUCACGGGUAUGAUCGAGGCUGGCGGUGGUAGCGUGACGAAUAAAGUUACCAAGGCAGACAUCUACAUCUGCAACUAUCGAGAAGGUCCAGACUACAUCAAGGCAUCACAGGAUGGAAAAGAUGUGGGCAAUCUGGGCUGGCUAUACUAUCUAAUCACACAUGGUGUUUGGACGAACCCGAUGCGACGGAUGUUGCACUACCCGCGACCACGCCGUGGCAUUCCUGGCUUCGAAAAGUACAAGGUUAGUAUAUCUAGCUACACCGGCGAAGCGCGGGUCUACUUGGAGAACAUGGUGAAGGCCUCGGGAGCCGAGUUCACAAAGACGUUCAAGCAGGACAACACACAUCUCAUCACCGCCCACAAGAACAGCGAGAAAUGCGAGGCUGCAGCCGAGUGGGGCGUCGACGUUGUCAACCACCUCUGGUUAGAAGAUAGCUACGCCAAGUGCAGGGAGAUGCCGCUCACAGACAACCGGUACACGUACUUUCCCCCACGGACAAACCUUGGAGAAAUACUGGGCCAGACCGAGAUCGAUCGAGAUGCUAUGGACAAACUCUUCUUCCCGGAAUCUCGUAGGCCUGCGAAAGCCGUGAAAGCCGCAGUUAAUGUAAACGUGGUGCCAGCAUCGAGCCUGCCAGUAAGGAAGGAAGCACAUGAGACGGUCGAUCAUAGCUCACCUGUGACUGAUAAGACUAAGCGCACAAAGUCAACUGGGAACAUGCAGACACCGCUACCACCUCGGCAUUUAGAUGGUAAGGAGAACCUAACACCAGGCAGUCGAGGAGCCAAGGACCGGGCAUUAUCGAAGCUCCAUGAUGCAGCGCCUGAUAUUGCGCAGUUUGAGAAGGAGAUGAAGCGUAAGGGCGGCGUGAUACAUGGCGGGCGGCGGAGAGUAGAAGAUGAAAAUGAAGACCGAUCCAAGAAGGGGAAGGAUCGAGACUCUGUUGCAAGCAAACGCUCGAUCGAUGAAGUUGACGAGGACGGCGAGGAUGAAGUGACCGAAGACGAAGUUACAGAGGCUCCCUCGAGGUAUAAGAAGGCUAAGAAGAGCAAACUCACACCCAUCAAAUUCCGUAUGCUAGUCACAAAAAUCGAGCGGUGGAUCGAUAACAGUGAGAAGGAGUCCAAGGACAAAGCACGUCUCCGGGAACUCGGCCUCUUUAUCACAGACGACUUCAAAAAGGUGGACCUCGUUUGCGCACCACAACCCGUACGGACCAAGAAGUUCAUCGCAGCGUUAGCUUGCGCUCCUACCCUCGUCUCAACAUCGUACCUGGACUAUGCGCUCAAACACGAUAAGCUUCCGCCGGCGCAGAAGCACCUCCUCGAAGCUAGGGACUUUGAAGAGGCGAAUAGCAUCCGGUUAACGGAAGCAGUCGAACGCGCGAAGCAGAAUAAACAUCGCCUGCUGAAGGACUGGACUAUCUUUUGCACGGAGAAUGUUGGUGGUGGAUUUGACACAUACAAGGACAUUAUUGAAGUGAACGGCGGCAAGUGCUCUUUGUGGAAGGGUCGAACGACGACCGUUACAGCAUCAAAACGACCACUCAACACAUCGGACACGGAGGUCAGCCAGAAUCAGGAAGAAGACGAAGGUGAUAUUCUUUACCUCAUUUCCGACCCGGACAAGAAGGAAUUUGCCAAUUGGGCCAAGUUCCGCGAGCUUGCGAAGAAGCAUGACAUGAAUCCGCGCAUUGUAAAGACGGAGUGGAUGCUAUUUGUGGCUAUGGCGCAGUAUGUGCAUUGGGAUCCGGAGUGGGAGUUGAGCGAAGAUGUUGUUAAGGCUGCGAAGUAA